AUGGCUCAAGCACUCAGGGGCACCACAGGUAGCUAUACUCCGGGCAUGCCAUCAGGACACGGGGUGGUCAGUGCGCACCACAGCGGGGGGGGCCGUUCAGAAACACGGGGUGGUCGGGUGCACACAGCGGGGACAGUUCAGGAUACGAAGUGGUCGGUGCACCACUGGGGAACAGUUCUGAACACGGCGUGGUCGGUGCACACAGCAGGCACAGUUCAGGACACAGGAGUGGUCGGUGCACACAGCAGGCACAGUUCAGGACACAGGUGGUCAGUGGACACAACAGGGAACAGACAGUUCAGGACACGGUUUUUCGUGGUCGGUUUGCACACAGCGGGGACAGUUCAGAACACGGGUGGUGGUCGGUGCACACAGCAGGCACAGUUCAGGACA